GUAGCUGUGACGUAACGGCGUAGGUCUACGCUCAGCCAAUCAGGCUUCAGUAUGAGGUGCGGCGCUUUGGAGUAACACAGACCGGAGAGGUUGGGUUCAAGUCAUGAACUUAAAUACCUUCUUCACAUCUGUCGGCUAAGGUGUGUGCGCAGCGCUUUGAUUACCUGCCGGCGCAUGGUCAGCCAUGCCUGUUACGUCUCAACUGCUCAGGGGUUUGCCCCGUGCCAAGGGCUUUGCCGCCAGCCUGUUGCCAUGCCAGCACCACCCGUCCCACGUCGGUCCCAUCCCCGCCCCGAGGGGUCAGUCCCACGCCAGGCCCACGCCGCAGGCCGCACGGUGCUACCAGACGUCCUCGGCGCUCCGCAGCUACAACCUGACGCCCCCACAGGUCAACUCCAUUCUGAAAGCCAACGAGUACAGCUUCAAGAUACCGGAGUUUGACGGGAAAAACGUGUCAUCUGUGAUGGGAUUUGAAAGCAACCAGCUUCCGGCCAACGCCCCCAUCGAGGAUCGGCGGAGCGCGGCCACUUGCCUCCAGACACGAGGAAUGCUGCUGGGCGUGUUUGAUGGACACGCCGGCUGUGCCUGCGCCCAGGCUCUGAGUGAGAGGUUGUUUUACUACAUAGCGGUCUCGCUGCUCCCCCAUGACACCCUGUGUGAGCUGGAGGCUGCGGUGGAGGCCGGCAGAGCCCAAAGUCCCAUCCUGCAGUGGCACAAACACCCCAACGACUACUUCAGCCGGGAGGCUCAGAGCCUCUACUUCAACAGCCUGAGGACGUACUGGCAGGAGCUAAUUGACCUAACCAGCCCAGGCGAGGUCCCAGACACCCGUGAAGCCCUGCUGAACGCAUUCAAGCGGCUGGACAACGACAUUUCUCUGGAAGCUCAGGUUGGAGACUCAAACGCGUAUCUGCACUACUGGGUUCUGAGGGUGGCCUUUUCUGGAGCUACGGCCUGCGUGGCUCACAUCGACGGACACGACCUCUACAUAGCCAACGCCGGGGAUGCCCGGGCCGUGUUGGGCGUGCAGGAGGAGGACGGUUCGUUCAGCGCUCACACGCUGUCCAACGACCACAGCGCCCAGAACGAGCAGGAGGUCGCUCGGAUCCGGAGCGAGCACCCUCACUCUGAGAGGAAGACCGUCAUUCGUCAGGACAGGCUGCUCGGCCUGCUCAUGCCGUUCCGGGCGUUCGGCGACGUGAAGUUCAAGUGGAGCAUCGAACUGCAGAAGCGCGUGCUGGAGUCCGGACCCGAUCAGCUCCACGACAACGAGCACACCAAGUUCAUCCCCCCCAACUACCACACGCCGCCCUACCUGACCGCCGAGCCCGAGAUCACGCACCACAGGCUGCGGCCUCAGGACCGCUUCCUGGUGAUCGGCUCAGACGGGCUCUGGGAGACGCUCCACCGGCAGGAAGUGAUCCGCGUCGUCGGCGAGUACCUGACGGGGGUCCACCAGCGCCAGCCGCUCAAAGUGGGCGGCUACAAGGUGACGCUGGGCCAGAUGCAGGGUCUGCUGGAGGAGCGAAAGGCCCGCACGUCCUCGGCCUUCGAGGACCAGAACGCGGCCACGCACCUGAUGCGCCACGCGGUGGGCAACAACGAGUUCGGCACGGUGGACCACGAGCGGCUGUCCAAGAUGCUGUCGCUGCCCGAGGAGCUGGCCAGCAUGUACCGCGACGACAUCACCAUCAUCAUCGCUCAGUUCAAUCCUCACGUGAUCGGAGCGCAGAGACACGACGAGUCCUGAGCCGCUCACACGCUGCUCUCCCGUUUUUCUACCGACUGUUUCAGCCGAUUUAAAAGCCGAGCGCGCGGCUGCACGGACAAACAGGCCUUACAAUAUAUAUCUGUCCAGCAGUUUUUAACUAUUUAUAUGUUAAUGCUGCAGCACAUUUAGGUUUUUUUAUGGUUUUAAAAUUCAAAAAAGGUCAUCAGAUGAAUUUAGUGGGUUGUUUUAUCGCUGCUGGUCUCGUUGGGCAGCCGUUUUCACGCCAUCGGCCACUGUUGAUGACAUCACACGGUCUCACCCUCACAUUCGAGUCAAAUGGGUUCGGCUGGGUUGACGGGACCGACUGAACCAGGCACGGGCCGUCAUGAGUAAAAACGUCAGAUUCCUGGUAUCAAGGUAUUGGCACAAACAUUUAAAACCAAAAUGUUUCACUUGAUUUCAUCACAGAUACGCUGAUCGGACUUUUUCCAUGGCGGAGCCGAUGAGCAACAGCGACAAUUAUUUUUACUGCUGCUAAAAUCGUAUAACUUUAACUCUGACAAUGGUGGUAAUUUAGAGAUUUAAUGAUGGUUUUAAACACACAGAUUUUCUUUGGGCCAAAGGUUUCACCUUUUUUUUGCAUCUCUGCUCUUGAGUAUCGUUAGCUUCUUAAUUAGCGGGGCUGUUAGACACAUUGCUCGUAGCAUGCUAGCUGUAAUUGUAAAACCGGUGUCUUUAUUAUAGGUGAGGAUGUUUAGAAAAGUGUUGUGGCUUUCUUUCAGCCAGCUGACCGGCAUUAGCAGCAGCACUCCGCUAUCUCAAGCCUCUUACAGUCCUGUGGUCACUCCAGCACCUUCUCUGUCAUCUGAUCAGGACUUUAAAUCAGACCUUUAGGUUCUCGGGCUGCCUUGAUACCAGUCACCGGUCCGUGCCUGUUUCACCGGUUUAAAGCACCUUUUUUUUUUUUCUCUACUCCUGUUCUCGUCUCAAGGCUCCGUCUAGAUCGGCUUUUGAGGGCAGGGAGGCUGUUACGAAGACCUUUGGAGACGUUUUAGUCCACGUAGCUUGUUGUACAUAUUUAGCGCUGCAGCUGUCCAGCAGGACGGCUGAUUUCCAGCCUCACGAGGAUCCUGUGAGCUUUUUCCUUUUUAAUCUGAUGGGUCACAGCUUUAGCAUCGCAACCUCGGAGAUGUUACACAGAAAUACUUAAAUGGUUUUGCCAUGCAGUAGUCUUACAGUUUAUAAUCACAUGUUGAUAUUCACGUAAAAUGAAGGAGUAAAGUUGCAAAUUAUCUUAUUAUUCAUCUGAAAUCCAUAACUGCAGCUUCAUUUAGUCAGACUUGCUUCUCUUUUGUUUUUGUUUUUUUUUACGGCUCUGCUUAGUGAUGCACCAAUGAGAGGAGCCGUUUCCCUGCGUGAUGUAAGAGCACUUAGGCUGAAUGGACAGAGUCGGUCCAUCAGCCUCCGAACUCUAAAGCUGCUUCUCUAAACACGGCGGUCAAGAAGCGGCGUUUGUCUUUCUUUUCUGUCUGACAGGUCAUUACCAGUUUGUUUUGAUCCCGGUUUGUUUGAAUUCUUCCCCUCGGAGGUAAAGCAGAGCUGUUUUCCUCCUCCUUGUGUAUCGAGGGUCACAGCCGUGUACAAAACGAGUAUUUAAAGCCGGACGUGUGCUUUUUUUAAAAGGAGGCUGUUUCAACAUAAAAUAUUUAUUCUGCCUCAGCAGUAUGUUACACAUCUUUUCUGUUGUAUGUAUAAAUUGUAAGUUAUGGGGGUUGAGUUUUGUAUGUGGAAUAAAAAUGCUGAACAGGCA